AUGUCUUUGGCCAAUCCCGAAUAUCUUUCGGUCAAUUGGGAAGCUAGUGGUGGAGGCGCAUUCGCUGUUAUUCCUUUGAAUGAAAAGGGUCGCCUGCCAGAACAAAUUCCAUUGUUUCGAGGUCAUACUGGCCCGGUUCUCGAUACGGAUUGGAACCCUUUCAACGAUCGCAUUAUCGCUUCCGGAUCCGAUGAUGGAAAGGUAUUUAUAUGGGAGGUUCCUCAAGGUUUCUCCCUCUAUCAAGACUCUGAAGAACCCGUCGAUGUUGCGCCUGUCAGCAAAUUGGCAGGUCAUUCUAGGAAAGUCGGACAAGUUCUAUUCAACCCCGCGGCAAACAACAUUCUCGCAUCCGCAUCUGGAGAUUACACAGUUAAGCUAUGGGAUAUCGGCACCGGGAAAGCACCUUUGACAUUGAAGCACGGCGAUAUUGUACAAAGUUUAUCAUGGAGCGCAAAUGGAGCUCUUAUGGCCACCACUUCUCGAGACAAGAAAUUACGCAUUUGGGAUACUAGACAAGAAAGACCUGCACACGAAGGACCUGGACAUACUGGCGCAAAGAAUAGCAGAGUCGUAUGGAUGGGAGAACAUAAUCGCGUGGCUACUACCGGGUUCUCCAAGAUGAGUGAUCGUCAAUUGGCUUUGUGGGAUGUUGGUAACGCCAAGCAACCAAUUGGAGGGUUCACUGUUUUGGACUCUAUCUCGGGUGUUUGCAUGCCAUUUUGGGAUGACGGUACUCAAUGUUUGUACUUGGCAGGCAAAGGUGAUGGUAACAUUCGAUACUAUGAAUAUGAGAACGACAAGUUCGAAUUCUUGUCCGAAUAUAAGUCUAGUGAUCAACAACGUGGUAUCGCAUUCCUUCCUAGACGUGGUAUUAAUGUUCACGAGAACGAAGUCAUGAAGGGAUUUAAAACCGUCAAUGACCAAUAUGUUGAGCCUAUCUCUUUCACAGUUCCUCGCCGUGCCGAAGUCUUCCAGUCUGAUAUCUACCCACCUGCGAUUGGUUUGAAACCUGCAGUUACUGCUGAGGAAUGGCUUGCUGGUAAAGAUGGAAUUCCUGCCAAGAUCGAUUUGGAAAGUGUAUAUGAGGGAAACGCCCCAGUUGAGGUUCCAUCCGAUUAUAAACCACCUGUCGCUGCACCAGCCCCAACCCCAGCCCCAACGAAGACUGCACCUCCAAAGGCAGAGCCUGAACCAGCUCCAGUCGCACAAAGAGCACCUCCACCAACUAUGUCUGAACAAAAGGGUUCCAUUUCCGCCAUGGCCUCUAAAUUCCAAGAUGAUGAUGAGGAUGAAGCCGAUGAUAAUUCCAGCUUCGAGGAGAUUCAAAAGCCAAUUCAAAAGCCCGUCCCAGCUGCAGCCAAGCCAGAACCAAUCAAGCCCGCUCCAACCAAGGUCACGCCACCAAAGCCAUCCCCUGUAUCUCAAGCAACACCGACAUCAUUCGAACCUGCAGCAAAGGCUACCCCAGCCACUAUCGCUACCUCUUCCGGGCCCAUUUCCGCGGUUGGUGCUUCUCAACCAUCCCCAACCUCGGUUGGUGUCGAAGAUUCCCUAGCAGAAAUCAAGCAACUUUUGGAAGCCCAAACUAAAACUAUUACGGCACAAACGGAGAAAAUUGGUCUAUUGACUCAAGAGGUUGAUACAUUGAAGAUGAGAGUUGGUCCUGGUGAUCAAAGUGAAAGAAUCAGACAGUUGGAGUUGGAGUUGGAAGCUGCCAAGUCUUAA